UUAGAAAAGAAGGUAAGCAUCACUCUUCAUACAGUAUCGCUGGUAAAGUUGUUAAUCUGGUGUCUUUACCCAUUAUCUGCAACUACCCAUGCACAUGCUCUUCAAACAAGCUGUUCAUACCUCCGUGCACUAGGUGGCGACGAUGACACGUUCGCAUUCAAAAUCCCCCUCCAAAGAAUCGAAGAAGCAUGGUUCCUAGGAGACGAGACAGACACAACCAAGCGACAUUCACCCAUUCGAUGAAGCCAGAUCUGUGAUGCAGCAGGUAGAGCACCUUCACCUGAAGCAUGUGGUGCAGACCGUGUGUGUGCUGGAGGCGGUCAUUCUCCGCAGCUUUGGACCCGAUGGCGGCCAGGUGCUCUUCACUCGGGAUACGGGACAGCUGAUGUUGAGCCGCAGUGGGAAACAAAUUCUUACAGCACUGCGGCUCGACCACCCACUGGCCAGGAUGGUGGUGGAGUGUGUGUGGAAACACAGCGAGAACACCGGGGACGGGUCAAAGACCUUCAUCCUACUGCUGGCGUCGUUGCUGCGAGGGAUUCAAACGGCGGCCAGCAAGGGCUCCGUCGGCGGCCACGUCUACACGAACAGAGCUGCCGUGCUAGCCGCCGGCGCCAGACGCACCGCAGAGGAGCUGCUGGCCUUCGGGCUGGAGGAGCUAGCCGAGGUCAUCCUCGUCGGGGUGGUCCCUCACACCGCCAGUCUCUCAUGGGAGAGCGGACUCAAGCACAGAGACCCAGAAGCUCCGCCAGGCUCUGACGCCGACGCAGACCCUUGUCCCCUUCAGAGACUGCUGGCGACGUUCUUUUACACGCGGCUCGGCCGCACACACGGCCAGCUCGCCAGCCGACUGACCCGCGACCUGAUCUCCCUCUGGAGGCCCCCCGCGGACCCCCCGGCCCUCACCCUCCGCCUCCUGGAGAGGAACUUCGGGGCAUUGCACACCGCUGUGUGCGGCCUCCCCGCGGGGGGGUCCCGUCUGGUGGAGGGGCAGGUCAUCCACCGGGACUUCGCCGUCCCGCCGCGCCCACCGCAGCCGGGGCAGCGGGAGCAGCCGCCGGUCAGAGCCGUGGCGCUGGUCGGCGCGGGGGGCUCGCUGCAGCCCAACACACUUUUGCGCGGGGCGGUGUUGCGGGUGGACCCCGAGGGAGGGGUUUUGAAGUACAGCGCUUGGGCGGAGCGGUCCCUGGAGGGGGCGGUGGGCCGGCUGCGGGGGCUGGGCGUCACGCUGCUGCUCUCGGCGGGGAGGCAGACGCAGGCGGCCCUGGCGGCGGCCCGCCGCGCCGGCCUCGCCGUGGUGGAGUGUGUGGAGGAGGAGGAGCUGGCGCUGUUCGCCCAGCUGAGCGGCGCCACGCCCGCCGCGGAGUGCGGGCGGGUCGGUCGGGAGCACGUCGGCGUGCUGAGCUUCUGUAAACCCAUAGUGCUGGGGGCUCACAGGUACGUCCACGUUGGGUUCCCGGGGGCCGCUGUCCGGCCCCACAGCCUGGUGCUGUGCGGCGCGGGGGAGGGGCAGGCGGAGCAGGGGGCGGGCGCCGUCCGGGACGCGCUGCGCAUGCUCCUCGCCAUGUGGGAGCCAUGGCAACGCACCACAGAAUACCAACACGCCGCCAGCCCCGGAGCCCCCUCGCGCCCACGCCACCCGGAGAACGGUCAGAGCCGCUCGGACGGAGCCGGCCCGUCCCGGGAGGGCGCGCUCGACCCGCGGGGUACCGUCCCGGCCGGCGGGGAGUUUGAGUUCCUGCUGCACCGCGCCCUGAUGCGCCACGGCGAGGGGCCCGGCGGCCAGGGGCCCGGUGGCCAGCAGGGGCCCGGCGGCCAGCAGGGGCCCGGCGGCCAGGGGCCCGGCGGCCAGCAGGGGCCCGGCGGCCAGCAGGGGCCCGGCGGCCAGGGGCCCGGCGGCCAGCAGGGGCCCGGCGGCCAGGGGCCCGGCGGCCAGGGGCCCGGUGGCCAGCAGGGGCCCGGCGGCCAGCAGGGGCCCGGCGGCCAGCAGGGGCCCGGCGGCCAGCAGGGGCCCGGCGGCCAGCAGGGGCCCGGCGGCCAGCAGGGGCCCGGCGGCCAGCAGGGGCCCGGCGGCCAGCAGGGGCCCGGCGGCCAGCAGGGGCCCGGCGGCCAGCAGGGGCCCGGCGGCCAGCAGGGGCCCGGCGGCCAGCAGGGGCCCGGCGGCCAGGGGCCCGGUGGCCAGCAGGGGCCCGGUGGCCAGCAGGGGCCCGGCGGCGUCCCCGCUCCGUGCCGGCUGCUGGCGGACGCUCUGCUGACCGUCCCCAGACACGUCUACUCCCAAGGGCCCCGGCGCCUCCUGCAGGCCCAGACACUGAGCCUGGGGAGGAGCCGCAGCACAGCGCUGCAGUGUGACGGUGGUGGGGGUGGUGGUGGUGGUCAUGGUGGUGGUGGUGUUGGUGGUGGUGGUCGUGGGGGUGAUCGUGGUGGUGGUGGUGGUGAUGGACUUCGUGUCUCCCCUGCUGCUGCUGAACAGAGCCCUGGUGCCCCCCCCCGUGCGUCAGAUGCGGGGCUCGAGUCGGUCUCCUGUAAAUACCGGCUGAUUCUGGCUGUUCUCCAGUGUCUGUGUAGUGUUUUGCGUGCUGAUGCCGUGCUGCAUUUGCACAAAUCGUCACGCGCAAUUGCUUCGCCAGAGGGCACAGGCGAUGAUGAUGAUGAAGAUGAUGAGCGUUAAAUAUAACUGCAAACUUUAAAUUGCAAAGGUUGCAUCUGUUUAUAAUUAUUUAUUUUUUGAAUACAAUUGAUUUCUAUCUGUUAAGCCAUUUUGUAAUUGUUUUCAAUACAUGUAUUUAUAUCAUAUCUCUCGGACAAUAAAUGUCAUUUAUUAGUA